GAAUUGUUAACUUAUUACAUUAGGAACACGACAUUAAAGCACAAAUUGAGCGGUUGGGUGCCGAAAAUGGGAUUCUAGGACAAGUUUUGGAGACUAUGAGUAACCAAUGUAAGAUUCUCGAAGCUCUCAUCAACAAGAAUGAACAACAAAUUCAGGAUUCAGGAAUCAAGAUAGGGUCUCAAUCGACAAUCUUGUCUAAGCCUUCACAACUACUAGUGAGCAUGAAUAGUCCGAAAGUAAACGAUGGAUUCCAAUGGAGAAAAUAUGGUCAGAAGAACACUAAAGAUAACGACUCUCCUAGAGCUUAUUAUCGAUGCUCCAUGUCUCCUCGUUGCCCCGUCAAGAAGAAGGUACAAAGGAGCAUCAAGGACAAGUCAAUUGUAAUGGUAACUUAUGAAGGAGAACACAAUCAUGAGCCUAUGGAGGAUGAUGGCAACAACACAAUCAAUGGAAGUUCAUCAAUCAAUGAUUCUAAUAUCCUAUGGAAGAAGAAGACUCAUCAUGCUUUUGAAUCAAUGGACGGUCUAGAUCUCAGCCUUUCAUCUCCUAGUAGUCAAGAGGUUACAACAACAACAACAAAACCCAAAAAUUGCAGUGACAAUAAGUAUAGUACUACUGAAGAUCGUUACAUUAACUAUGUUGAUUCCUUAGCAAAGGAUUCCAAUUUCAUUGCCACUUUAGCCGACAACAUUGCCCGCAGUAUAGCUAAUCAAUGAAGGUUGAUUCUUAAUGGGCGCGUUUGAAAAUAUCUUUUGUGAUGUUCUUUUUAUCUAUUUCUUGCACCCACAAUAGUCAAAUCUAUCCAAACAAAUCAUAAUAAUCUCAAACAGAUAUUUUAUAUGGAACAAUUUAACAAAGUCUAGAACUUUGAGUUCAAACAAUAUACAUAAAACAAGGGAAAGUUGAGGAAAGUAAAUACUAA